AUGCAUCAAUGGACAAACAAAAAGGGACCACUUUCACAAGGCUCUCAAGAUUUGUAUUUAGAGAAAAUUUUCCAAGUUAUCUCAUCUACUAACAAAUAUUUUGUUGAAUUUGGUUUCAAUGAACCUAGUUAUAGCAAAACGGGAUCAGGUGCCAAUACUCAUAAUUUAUAUGAAAAAGGUUGGCGUGGUCUUUUGUUAGAUGGUGGUUAUGAAAAUAAGAUGAUCAAUUUGAAGAAAUAUUAUCUCUUUGCUAAUAAUAUCGCUUCGAUUUUUGCAGAAAACAAUGUUUCGAAAGAACUUGACUAUCUUUCGUGUGAUAUGGAUUCACAUGAUCUAUGGGUAUUUCGUUCUAUCUUACAAGCGGGAUAUCGACCACGAAUAAUCACAACAGAAUUCAAUACGAAUUAUCAUAUUACCGAUGCUUUAACUCUAUUGGAUCCAACUAUUAAUUGUUCUGGUUCACUUCCUCAGAACUUUAGAUUCCAAUUUCAAGGAUGUGCAUGGGGUGCGUCAGCAGGCGCACUACGUAUUGUUGCCGAAGCGCAUGGAUAUACUAUGAUUGGAAGGAUAAGUGUACUUGAUCUAGUAUGGAUAAGAAAUGAUUUGCUGAAAGAUUGUUUUCGCAUACCACCGUUUGAAUGGUUCUUCCGCAAUGCACCUGCCGGACAUCUUCUUCAUGCACGUGUGUCGUCUGCGGGAGUACUUAAUCAAAUUGUGGACUAUGACACAUAUGUACGCACAUUAAACAUUGAAAAGAGCAAUGCAGCAGCCCGUGCUAUCCUAAAAUCAAGAGACUUACCGUGCUUCAAGAACGUAUACCAAUUUCUGUGA